CUGUAACUUGUUAGACAACACCAGGCUGAAUCGGAUUGUCUUUCAGCAAAUCGAGGACUUCGACGUUGAUCAUGAUUCAAUAAACCCAGUCUCCACCAUGUAAACUGCAUGGCGACCCUCGUGCCUGUGGUACGGGAGAGUCGGUGUGCGCGAAUGGAAGGAGAAAAGGCACAACUCAUCCAAGUGACAGCCCUACUACUCAUGAUCAAUCACUAUGGCGGCCUUUCUCCCCAAAGUCCUGUCGCCUGCCCUUCCUUCAGAGCUCAUCUCAUACAUUCUCGACCAACACAAAUACCCCACAACGCUUGUGGUAUGUAUCCCACGAGCGGAAUUCAUAUCGUCCUUUUUGGACGAAGCUACUGGAGAGACCCGAGUCGACACAUUACCAUCGUCACAAGAACAGCCAGACGACAAUAUCCCUCAAGGGCCCGCAGAAAAACAAGAAGCAGAAGACCAUAGUCAGAACAGCCGCCCAGAAGAGGCAGCCCAGCCCACACCCACGGCCGACGCCGCCACCACUGAAAGGGCCAGGACGAUCCUCUCGACGCCCCUGCGCCAGACCGCCGUGGCGCGGCACAUCCGGACCGUCUUCGUGCCCACAGUCUCGCACCUGCGCGCCUUCCUAUCCGUCUUCUCGGCCGAGGCCGAUCCAUCCUCCAAGGCCCGGCCGCCGCCGGCACCGGAGGGGCCGUCGGCUGCACCGCCCACGCCACUGCUCCUAAUCUACGGGCUGCUGGAGCUGCACCGCGAUACGAGCGAGUGGAACGCCCAGGGGCUCGGGAGCACGGCAGCCUGCUUGGUCGAGGCCGCGCACAGGUCCGGGAUGGAGGCCGUUGUGGUGGAGCCGGCGGUCCGGGCGAUAAGGGAGGUGCAGACGCAAGACGACGAGGAGGGCCAGGAGGAGAGGAAUGCCCCGGACGGAGACAGGGUCUUUGUCCGCGUCGACCUUGAGGGCCUGUUGUCCGAGGAGAUGCCGGUGCUCAACAUGGCCGCACGUCGACUAGGACGGGAUGGCGAGGGCCAGGGGUGGUCGGGUCGGACGGUCCCUGUCAGAAUGGUCUUGGGGAGGUGGUUUUGCUUUUGAGACGAGUCGCGGGGAGGAACUGAUCAUACAGCACAUGUUAAGGCUGUCUGGUGAUGCUAAUUUUAUAAGAAAGGAGAGCCGUGCAAAAUCUACAAAAAAAAAAUAUAAAAAAAUACCAUUAUGUACUUGAUAAUGGUUUCCACCCAAAAGAGACAUGUUGGCCUAAAAAUCCAACUCGCA